GUAUUAAUAAGAAACCUGAACCAUGUAAUGAUAAACAUACCGAUGAUACAACACAGGCACUUGAACUAUUAGGACAAUUUAUCUUAAACUUAGCAGCAUCAGACAAAACUGGAAAAAAAAAAAGAAUUAUUAACAUAUCUUAG